CCCCGCGCCUCCCCGGCAGUUUGUCCGCGUCGCCACCUCCCUCCGCUUGUCCCGCCCCCUUCCCCUCGGAGAACCCAAGACACAGAGAGAGAGAGAGAGAGACAGAGAGAGAGAGAGACAGAGAGACAGAGAGACAGGACGGGCGGACGCAGGCGAGCGGGCGGGCUGUGAGAAGGUGCCGGGCGACGUGGAAAGAUGGAGGACUGAGCAGGCGCGCGCUUCUUCGGGCCGGCGGCGGCAGCGGCGGCGGCGGCCUCUCUGCCCCAACUACCUUCCGGAGCCCGCGGCGCGGGAGCCGGGAUUCACCCGAGUCAGGUUUUCUUGAAGAAAUGAAGGUUUAAGAGAGAUUUAUCUACCAGAUCAAAAGAUGGGAGCAAACAGCAGCAGCAUUAAUGAUCUUUCAGAAAAUGAGUAUUUAAAAAGAUUAUCUGGAACUGAAUCUAUCUCUGAGAAUGACCCAUUCUGGAAUCAACUUCUUUCUUUUUCCUUUACCACACCAACCAACAGUGCUGAACUGAAGCUCUUGGAGGAAGCAACCAUCUCAGUCUGCAAGUCUUUAAUUGAAAAUAAUCCACGAACAGGCAACCUUGGAGCACUCAUAAAGGUCUUCCUUUCUAGAACCAAAGAACUAAAAAUCUCAGCAGAAUGUCAAAACCACCUCUUUAUUUGGCAGGCCCACAACGCUUUGUUUCUUAUUUCUUGUUUGCUGAAAGUGUUCAUCUGUCAGAUGCCUGAGGAGGAAAUGCAGCUUCAUUUUACUUAUGAAGAAAAAUCUCCAGUCACUUAUCAAGCUGACUCCGAAGAUCUCAUAGAAGAACUGCUUUGCUGCUUAAUCAAGUUAAUCAUUGACAUCCCGCUCUUAGAUAUAACAUAUGGAAUAUCACUAGAGGCUGUGUCAACACUGGUCAUUUUCCUUUCCUGUCAGCUCUUCCAUAAGGAAAUUUUGAGACAGAGCAUAAGCCACAAAUACCUGAUGCAUGGACAAUGUCUUCCCUAUACCAGCAGACUUGUGAAGACCUUAUUGUAUAACUUCAUCAGGCAAGAAAAGAGACCUCCCCCUGGGACCCACAUCUUUGAGCAGCAAUCAGAUGGUGGAGGUUUGCUUUAUGGCCUUGCAUCAGGAGUAGCAACCGGGCUUUGGACAGUCUUCACACUGGGUGGAGUCGGAAGUAAACCAGCACCUCAGCAGGAACAGGCUUCACCUCUUGCCAGUCAGAGCCUUCUGCUGCUGCUUGUGUUGGCCAAUCUAACAGAUGCACCUGAUACACCAAACCCCUACAGACAAGCCAUUAUGUCCUUUAAGAACACUCAAGACAGCACUGCUUUUCCGUCUUCAAAUCCACAUGCUUUCCAAAUUAACUUUAAUAGUUUGUAUACAGCCCUGUGUGAGCAGCAAAAGUCUGAUCAAGCAACUCUUCUUUUGUAUAUGUUACUGCAUCAAAAUAGUAAUGUGAGGACAUACAUGUUGGCUCGCACAGAUAUGGAAAAUCUCGUUGUACCAAUUCUUGAGAUUCUCUAUCAUGUUGAAGAAAGGAAUUCGCACCAUGUGUACAUGGCUCUUAUUAUUUUGUUGAUCCUGACAGAAGAUGAUGGCUUCAAUCGAUCCAUUCAUGAAGUGAUACUCAAAAAUAUUACCUGGUAUUCAGAGCGAGUUUUAACAGAGAUUUCACUGGGUAGUCUUCUGAUAUUGGUGGUAAUAAGAACCAUUCAGUACAACAUGACAAGAACAAGGGACAAAUACCUUCACACAAAUUGUUUGGCAGCUUUAGCAAAUAUGUCAGCACAGUUUCGUUCACUUCAUCAAUAUGCUGCCCAGAGAAUUAUCAGUUUGUUUUCUUUGCUGUCUAAAAAGCACAACAAAGUUCUGGAACAAGCCACACAGUCCUUGAGAGGUUCCUUGAGUUCUGAUGAUGUUCCGCUGCCAGAUUAUGCACAGGACCUGAAUGUGAUUGAGGAAGUGAUUCGAAUGAUGUUAGAGAUCAUCAAUUCCUGCCUGACAAAUUCUCUUCACCACAACCCAAACCUGGUGUAUGCAUUGCUUUACAAACGGGACCUCUUUGAACAAUUUCGAACUCACCCUUCAUUUCAGGAUAUAAUGCAAAACAUAGACCUGGUGAUCACCUUCUUUAGCUCACGACUGCAACAGGCUGGAGCCGAACUGUCAGUGGAAAGAGUCCUGGAAAUCAUCAAGCAAGGAGCUGUUGCGUUGCCCAAAGACAGGCUGAGGAAAUUUCCGGAGCUGAAGUUCAAGUACGUGGAAGAAGAGCAGCCUGAGGAAUUCUUCAUCCCCUAUGUCUGGUCUCUGGUGUACAACUCAGCCGUCGCCCUGUACUGGAACCCACAGGACAUCCAGUUAUUUACAAUGGAUUCAGGCUGAGGGCCCAGCCCCUUCCUUCCCCCAUUCCUACCCCGCCCCACCCCAUGCAGAACAGCUCUUCUAGUUCCCUAUUCCUGGAGGAGACAGACCUAUGCGUACUCUAGACCUGAAGCUUACAGAGAAUGGAGCUUUCUAACCUUGUAUAGUUUUUAACUUUGAAAUUUCAGCCCAGACAGUAGGAGAGCACCAAGCAUAAAAUGUGGCACAAAAAAGAAAAGGAAGAAACAAAGCAAAAAAAAAAAAAACCCCCCACACACAAUAAGAAUAAAAGUCUGAUAAGUGACCUUUAAUUUGAUUUCUCAACAGAGAGCCUAGAGCUUAUCCAGAGACUUGCUGCUUUAUGAACUCAGCAUAAUACUGCAUACUCCUUGUUCAAGUGUUCAGAGGGACUUUUUGGAGGGGUGGGGGGAAGAGGUUGUAUGGGGAUUUUUGUUUGGGAUUUUUUUUUUUAAUGCUAAGAAUGGGUAAAUGAGAAAAAGCCAAGGUAACAAGUUGACUGAACAGGUAUUCAGGGAAAUGAAACUUAAAAGCAUAUAAAUCUGGUUACCUUUCAAGGAGGCCUCCUUUUAUUUAACCAGCUUUGUAUAUUUAUUUUCUUUUGCUUCUUCACAAAUCACCCUUCCCAAAGAAGGAGAAGGAUUCCUUGUUCUAAAGUAGCCCCUGGAGGCAGCUAGGUGGCCCAGUGGAUAAAGCACCAGGCCUGGAUUCAGGAGGACCUGAGUUCAAAUCCGGCCUCAGACACUUGACACUUACUAGCUGUGUGACCCUGAGCAAGUCACUUAACCCUCAUUGCCUGGCCAAAAACCAAAAAAACAAAAACCCUAAAGUAGCCCCUGCUCUCUGAGCUAGAAGUAAAAUAGAGGCCAGGGGGAUGCCUUUGAAUUGAUGAGCUGUGUAUUGGUCAUUGGGGAAAGGGGUUAAUUUCGAAAGCAACUAAUUUUGUUGCUUCCAGGGACUCGGGAGGAAGAGGGAGAGAUCAGUUCAAUCCAUUCAGUGAACAUUGAUUAAGCUCUCUUUAGGUUAGGUACUCCUUGAGGCUGGGGUUACAAAGAUGAAAACCACUGCAAUCCCUUCCACCCCCCUCCUCCUGGGGAUCAAACCUAACAGGGAACCAGCCACUACACAAAUAACUGAGUCAGGGGGGAAAGGUCAAAGGGAGAGCCAAACAAAGGGCUGUGAGAAGUUUAAGGAAGGCUUGCAGCUAGGGUACAAUUGGAGAUGGCCCUAACAGCUAAAUCCCUCUGAGGACAAAAAGCUUGUAUUUCUCUUCCCAUUGGAUGAGAAGGCCUUCCUGUUUGCAUCCCUGCAGUAAGCCCCUGAUUCAGGCAAAGAGGACAUUCAGGAAGGCGCUUCUCUGAAGUAAACAAGGGGACAGUGGUGGGCAUCUUGGCCGCCAUCUGACUUCAGCCUCAUCGGAGAAGCUGUAGACAUGAAUGGGGUUUCGGGGGAAAAUUCAAACUGGUACCGGUCUUUUGAAGAUGUUUAAACUUGCUAUGUUCUUUUCGCCCGAAAGGCAGGCAAUGUUAGAAAUGAGGCUCCUUUUUCAAACCUGAUAGCAUUUGGUGUCUUUCUGGAAGCAGCAUCUCCUUGCUGUCUUGGGCCUACUGGCUCUUUCAGAUGAGCCUCUGGCCAGCUUUUCUCCAUCAGUCCCUCCCCACUCUAAAAAUAAGGUCAGAUACACUGUGCGAAUUGACAUUCAUAUAGGGCUUUCCACUAUCAAAGCCCCCUUUUUUGUUACCUAAUUUGAACCUCCCAACAGCCACAGAGCAGGUGUCAUCAUCUCCUUUUGAGUGCCAUCGUCCAGAUGCGGUGACACUUGCCAUGCUGACCUAGUUAGUGGCAGCACCAGGACUUGGUCCCAGUGGUCCCAGGUCAGCCAAUAUCCCUCCCCCCAGGGCUCACGGCUCUUGUCCUGCUUCUAUGGAAACUUUUAGGUAAGCAUGCACAGCACUAGUGUUAUGUAAGAGACAAAAACACUCAACGCAGCACACCCAUAAUAAUAUUCUUAGCUCCUUUCCCCUUAGAUCUCUGGCUUUGGGAAAGAGGCCAUCUGAAAACCGAAACAGCAGACCUCUCACUGUAGAAAGAGGAAAUCUUUGAUUAUCAGCUACUUAAGUAAAAGUUCCAUUUAGGUUGGGCUUGGGAAAUGGUUCACAGCUUUGAAAGCAGUGAGCAGAAUGGCUUUGUGUGAUGGUUUCAUUCUUGUCCUCCCCCCAUUAGAGGCACCAAGAAGAGAAGUUUGGCAAGGCCAACCUACCUUCCCCCGUGGCCCCAAGACUUGGGGCCUGAAAGACACUGUCAGGCCCUCACUAAAGUUUAAGAAAGGAAUUACAUAAAGGCUUUGGUGAGAAUAAGUUGUGGCUCUCCGGAGCUCAGCAGCCUUGCUGGUCAUUAAAGCUAAGGAGACAAGGGAGGCAGCAGACAUAGCCAGGUUGCCAGGCUCUUCCCCUCCCCCUACCAUCUGGCCUUGCUGAGCUGACGUUCUCCUGAGCCUAAGAGGAGCAAGUUGGUGCCCCAACAAAUCAUUUUCUUGCUGUCUCUCUUUUUUAAUUAACCACACAGCGGAGGGAUUCAGCGGGCCAGCAACACAGCUGGGGCCAAAGCCUCCAACUAAAGCUGGAGAGAGGGACAAUUACCAGAACUACAUUGCCAGCCUGUGGGGUGGUGGAGGCUGGGAGCCAAGAUGCAUGAGUCGGCCUGGCUCCUCACCCGUCCUCACCCGUGCUCACCCCUGCACCACCAUCCCUCCCUCGGCUCUGAAAAGCUGGCCACCUAGACACCCUUCCUUCCUUACUUUGUGUGAGACUUGUUGUCUCGUAAUAAAAAGGGGGGCAAAUAA